AUGGCUGUCGUAGUACCUACCGCCAGCGCCGGUGUUCCACAGAACGUGUUCGCCGUCUGGAAGCGGGAGGUCUCCGUGGUGGACGUCUUCUCCGAGGAGGUGGUCUUGUCCAGGGAGUCUGGGUACGCCAGGUCAGGCUCGCUACUAUACGAACAGAGAUUCCAUGGAAACGGAGUAUCGGCCUUUGCGCAGACGAGUUCGAGAGUCUGGAAAGGACAGAGACAAUAUGAAAUAUUGUAUCCAAUAGAUUGCUUCGAUAUUUUUCGAAAAAGGAUUUUCGCUGAAAUAGUCAUCUACAGAACUUUAGAAUACAAUACCCAAGAUUUAAUAAUUUGGGCCCUAUAUCAAGAUGCAGAUUCCUGGAAACACAAGAGUAAGGAGAUGGAUUAUUUAAAAGCCUCAAAAGGAUUCGGAAUGAUACCUUCCCCCUUCAGUUCAAGUUCAGAAUGCAGCGGAAGCCUUAAGUUGGAUGAUUCAUCUUCAGACGAAAGCAACAUGAACGCGAUGCUGAAUUUAAACUCGAAGUUCAGAUACGCUAGUGCUUGGAGUAAAACAGACAUCUACACCGCCCGCUAG